CUUAUCUAUCGGGUGAGUUUCGCGUGUCAAGGAUUUUAGCACGUGAUCAUAUUAAACUGAUGUCAACUUUAUAUUUCCAAAGUGCAAAUGCAUUCGCUAUUUUCCUAAGAAACCAGCGCAGAUGGGAGGCAGCCCCUCUCGAUCCUAAAGUUGUUAACAAGUUUCGGGAAGGUUGUGCCAAGCACAAUUACUCACCCAACUGUAUUUUACCUCAUGGAAGUUAUUUGAUAAAUCUUGGAAAUCCCGAUAAAGAAAAAAGAGAAAAAAGUUAUGAGGCAUUUCUUGAAGACUUGAAAAGAUGUGAAAUGUUGGGCAUUAAGCUGUACAAUUUUCAUCCAGGUUCUAGUGUUGGAAAGUGCACUAUUGAUCAAUCCAUACGACAUAUCGCGGAUUGCAUUAAUAAAGCACACAAAGAGACAAAAAGCGUAGUCUGCGUAAUUGAGAAUAUGGCCGGCUCAGGAAAUGUAGUUGGAUCAAAGUUUGAAGAGUUGGCUGAAAUAAUUUCCCGUGUAGAAGAUAAAUCACGCGUCGGUAUUUGCAUCGACACAUGUCACGCUUUUGCGGCGGGCUACGAUCUUCGCACGAGCAAGAAAUACGAAGAAACCAUGUCCGAGUUCUCCCGUAAAAUUGGAUUCCAAUAUCUACGAGGAAUUCACUUGAACGAUUCUCUUACCGAUCUAGGGUCCAAUCGGGAUCGUCACGCAAAUAUUGGUAAAGGAUUUUUGGGUCUAGAGCCUUUUCGCUUGAUCAUGAACGACAGUCGUCUGGACGGUAUUCCCUUAAUAUUGGAAACUCCCGUUGAACAAGACGGUGACUAUAAAAAGGAAAUAGAAUUGCUCUACGAGCUUGUGGGUAAAUCCUCUUUAUCCGAAGUAAACACUUCAAAUUAUUUGGCGGAAGGUAAAGAUGUGACACCGGAGAGCAAAGGGAAAAGGUCAGGCAAACAUAUAUCUGAUGUAGAUUCAAACAAGAAGGCCUCGUCGAAGAAGUCCACUGCUUCGAGAGCUACUGUGAUUAAACGUAAUGCGAGAUUUAUAUGUUCUGUGCCCACUUUGUCGAUACGACAUUGGCAAAAUCAGAAGAAGAUCAAAUCAACGAGACUGAAGCGUUUUUAUUCACAAUAUUCACCUGCAGAUGAGAAGGAAACAAUCGUAAGACUACUGUAUGGUAUCGGUUCAAGAAGAGAAGUGGAACAGUAUCUUCGGCACUUUUCUUCAGUAGAAUCUCAAAAAUUUGCUGUGAUAAAGGUUGGAGGUGCCGUUCUUUCAGACGAGUUGGAAACCCUCGCUUCGUCGCUUACCUUCUUAAAUCGCGUUGGCUUGUAUCCGAUUGUGUUGCAUGGAGCCGGUCCGCAACUCAAUGGAUUAUUGGAAAGUGCAGGCGUAGAACCAAAUUAUAUAGACGGUAUAAGGGUCACAGACGCAAAAACGCUCGAGAUCGCACGGGAGAUAUUUCUGAAAGAAAAUCUUAAACUAGUGGAAGCAUUGGAACGCUCGGGUACACGUGCUCGGCCUAUCCCCGGCGGAGUAUUUGUCGCCGAUUAUCUGGACCGAGAAAAGUACGGAUAUGUCGGUAAGAUCACCGGCGUGCGCAAAAAUGUUGUUGAGUCCAGUGUUCAGGCAGGCGCAUUGCCGAUUUUGACCAGUUUGGCUGAAACCCCUUCUGGACAAAUGUUAAAUGUUAAUGCCGAUGUUGCGGCCGGAGAAUUGGCCAGGGUACUCGAGCCACUGAAGAUCGUUUAUCUUAGUGAAAAAGGGGGUCUCUUGCAUGGUGAAACUGGUAAGAAGAUCGACGUGAUUAAUCUUGACGAGGAAUACGAAAAUUACUUGAAAUUGCCAUGGGUCAAAUAUGGCACCAGAUUGAAACUGAAAGAGAUUAAAGAACUCUUGGACUGUCUCCCUCGAACUUCCUCUGUGGCAAUCACAGCAGCCGGACAGCUCCACAAGGAGCUGUUCACCGACAGUGGAGCUGGCACCUUGAUUCGCCGUGGCUAUCGUCUCUUUAAAUUCAAGUCUGUUGAUGAAAUGGACAAAAAUAAAUUGCAAAAUUUACUACAAAGCAUCGAAGGAUCAAGAGUCUCAAGCAUAAGCGAUCUCGCCAAGAAAAAUUACACGAUAUACAGUGAUGAACCUUAUGAGGUUUUGGCAGCGGUUUCGCAAGGAAAUGGUAAUAUCCCAGUUCUUGAAGAAUUUGUUGCUACCAAGAAUGGAAUAUUGAAUAAUGUAACGGACAACAUAUGGGCAAUGUUGCGAAAGGAAUAUUCUCGAUUGAUUUGGACCAUAGAUGAAAAUGAUGAAAACAAAUCUUGGUACUUUGAAAGAGCUGAUGGCAGUUAUGGAUUGAACGGAAAAAUAUUAUUUUGGUAUGGUAUCGAAAAUGUUGACGAUAUCUCCAAAGUUGUCAAAAACUUUGCGCAUGAGCCAUCCAACGUCAACGUGCAUCAGACAUAUCAACCAUCAGCUACAACGUUUGGCAACUCCAUCAGAGCUUUUUCGUCAUUUGCAAAACACAACAAAAAUACAUCACCAUCUUCGCAUCUUUCACGACGCAUGUAUUCAACAUCAACGUCAAAUGCAACGAAGGUUGCAUUGAUUGGGGCACGUGGUUAUACCGGUCAAAAUCUCAUAUCGUUGAUAAAUGGUCAUCCACACAUCUCAUUAUCGCACGUGUCUUCUCGUGAAUUGGAAGGACAGAAACUUUCUGGAUAUACCAAGAGCGACAUCACGUAUUCUAAUUUGAAAGCCGAACAGAUAAAGGAGAUGCAGGAAAAUGGAGAAGUUGACUGUUGGAUAAUGGCCUUGCCUAAUGGAGUCUGUUCGCCAUUUGUUCGGGCAGUUGACGAAGCUCAAACGGAAAAGAGUUUGAUUGUAGACCUGAGUGCAGAUUUCAGAUUCACCGAAGAAUGGACCUACGGUUUACCUGAACUCUGUGAUCGACCAGCAAUCAAAAAGGCCACGAGAAUCUCAAAUCCCGGAUGUUACGCGACUGGCUCUCAACUCUCAAUCUCACCGUUGCUACCCUAUAUCUCCGAAGCACCAACAAUCUUUGGAGUGUCUGGCUACUCGGGCGCCGGCACGAAACCAUCUCCAAAGAAUGAUCCGGAAUUUCUCAAAGACAACAUAAUUCCCUAUACUUUGACCGACCACAUCCACGAACGAGAAGUUUCGCAUCAUUUAGGCAAAACAGUGAAUUUCAUCCCACACGUAGCUCCUUGGUUCCAAGGAAUCACCUUAACCGUCAACAUUCCUCUGUCGAAAUCAUUUAAAUCUGCCGAAAUUCGGGAAUUGUAUGAACAGAGAUAUGCCGGCGAAAAACUUAUCAAAGUAACCGAGGAUGUACCACUUGUAAAAGAAAUUUCUAGCAAACAUUACGUGAGGAUAGGUGGCUUUGCCGUACAUUCUUCAAGAAAAAGAGUUGUCGUAGUCGCGACCAUUGACAAUUUGUUGAAAGGCGCCGCGACUCAAGCAUUACAGGUUUGUCAUCGACCGAAUGGGAUUAACUUUGAGUUGGUGUUUGUUGAAGUUUGUGCUAAGACAUUUUCAUCAACGAUUUUACAGAAUAUGAAUCUCGCCCUAGGAUAUGACGAAUACGAGGGUAUCCCUUUGGAAUGA